UCGAGGUAGGUGCGCUCGUUCCUCGCGUCACGAACCAACGCUCUUUCCUCUGCGAUCCUUUAAAAUCUCCAGGAGAACCGCCGACCCGAAGAGUGGGGGUAGUACACCCCGUUUUCUUCUCGAACGAGCUUUCAGUGUUGAUUCGUGGUGCACGAGUUUCGCGUUAACGAUCGAGGAAGCGCGGUACUGCGAAUGUCGCAGCGCCGUGUGGACUCUGCUGCAGUCAGUGAUCGUGCAAGCUUCUGAGAGCAAAGGGGUAAGAGAAAAGGGAUGAACGUAGGUGCGCGCGCGAGACAGCAUCUUACGGUUCCCCAUGAAGAGACUGCUUGCUGGUGAAGGAACUGACAGGACGGUGUACCGAUUGGUAUACAGACUCAUCGAGGAACUUCAGAGUUUGGGAAAGGACGACUGGUGGGCACCUUGACGAACUUCGAACUGCAAACUGCAAACUCCUAAGUUUGCACGACGGCCGAAGGGUACGAUCCUCCACGGAAUAGUCUUCGAGUCUUCCUUAAAUCUAUCUAGGAUACAGCGAUCAAAGUGUUUGUAACAAAUGAAGAAUAUUCCUUGACGCCGGCGUGUAACGCAAUACUUCAAAUUCAGCCCAUAACUAUUCAUCACUACGCGUACACAGCGCUGAAACUAUCACGUCGAGCUCCCUUCGAGCACCGAAUGAAAAAUUACGCGUCAACAUCCAUUGCCUUCCCUUCAACGAUGAAGUGUUUAUUCCAAAGCCUUGGGAAAACAGUAUGAAAAUGUUGCAAAUAUCUCUCACUCUCUCUCGAUAAAUUAUACCAUUCAUCAUAAAUUGUAGGCGAAAAUGUUUAUUCGAUAAAAAUUUAUCGAACCAAGAGUGGUUUGUCAUCGUCUGAUGGACGACUUUUUAACCAGUUCGCUUUGGAAAUGUUUUAUCAAGAAUUUGCUACUGUUUAGGCUAUCUUUUGCAAUUACUGUAACUUCGCAAACGUGCGUAACCUUUUUGAAUAAAGGAGAGAGAACAAGACACGACAGAAGAAAACUUUCGAUUGCAGAUACCCGCGAUAAGACUCGGGUGGAAAUAAGUUAUUGCCGUUACUUCCACUGCAUUAUCGAUGAAAAGUGUUAACGGACGAAUCCAGUGCCAACCGAUUUCCAAUAUCGGCUUCGUCACGAACUUUCGCACAUAACUUCGAGAAUAACGAUGUAUAAAGGGGAACCUUGAAAUAAAGGAGAGAACAAUAAUUUUUCUUUCCAUCAAAACCGGAUUUUCACAAGUUUCUUGGUCGCCAGCCAGAUUUUCUUGAGGAAUAUUUUUAAAUAAACGCAAUCCUUCAAGUGACAAAAGGAAAAUUCUUAACAUGACGAAAACAUUAUAAAAUUGUUAAAUCGUUAAUGAAUAGGACUGUGAUUUUAGUAUUUGUAAAUAUCUAAUAACAGAACUUAUAACCGAAGUACAGUCCUUCAGACACUCACAAAGCGACCUAGUGCUUCAACUCAGAAGAUUUUUACUCCAAAGAUAUAUGCCAUUAAAAAAGCGUUAUGAAGUGUAAUAAUGAAAUGACCAGAAGCGCCAUUAAGUUCUUACAUAUCGAUUAUAAUUACUAACCAAGAGUUUUAAAUUUAACAUUUAAAAAAAACACAUACACAGAAAAAUAUUAGAACAAGGAGGCAAAAUCUAGUGAGAAAAAUCUUAGAAAUAAAUACAUCAUCAAGUUCUAUCGUCAUCGUCGUGAUUAAACCAAUCCAAACGAAUCCUUGAGACAAAGAAAAGAGAAAAGAAGAGAUUAAAAUAUAAAAACGAAAAGUACCAAAAAGCUUUUGAUUGCUGGUGCUGGGAUGCCCCCAUGACAAAAGGGAGGCACGUGGUGAUGUCUUGUUGUUGUUGGUGUUGCGACAACCUCGGCAGUGCCGGUUCUUCAAGUGCUGGUGCUGGGGGUGUUGUUACUGGUGCAUCUGGUGGCAGUGUUGUAGUUGGUACUAACGCCAAUAACGCCGGUGGUAGUGGUCUCGGUAUUGCUUCCGGUCUUUCUGCGAUGCUGUCGUUGGUAGUCGUCACCGUCGCUAUCAGUACAGGAGAGUGGCUUUUGACGGAAGAGAAACUACCGAAAACUUCAUCGAAUGCUUCUGUGGAGCCUGACAGCAAAGUUACGUACAGUGGUCUGUGGAGAGUCUGCGUUGCUAUAAGCUCCCGCAUGGAAUACGAAUGCUCGAGCAUCGACUAUUUUCCAAACGAGGAAUACAGCCCAGAUCCCAGCGAUUCAACGAUGGCAAUACCAUAUGCAGUUACCAAGUCGGCAAUGUUCUUCUUCGCUGCAACAUCGCUGCUGGUGGUAGCCGAAGUUUGUUACUUCACGGCUCACGUUACUCACCCGAGACACAGACUUUGCGUCUUUGUCGCCGGCGUAGUCUUCAUAGUUUCCGGUUUGUUAAUGCUGGUAGGAAUGGUGAUGUACAUAUCUGUGUUCAAAGCUGAAGUUGGUAGCAAACUUAGACCAAGGUCGUCGUUUCAGGGACCACCCUUCACCUACAGGUACGGAUUCUCAUUUUUGCUGUACGUGAGUGGCUUCAUCACGACCGAGGUCGCUGGCACUUACGCCAUUUUCUUGUAUAUUUCUUGGCACCAGAAAGAACUGCUACGGAGAGAUUCCAGGCGAAAAAAUUACGGGGGCGUGUAUCACUUGGACAAUCACCACGUGCAUCAUGCAAAUCACGCGACUAUAGGCCACAGUGGUUUCCUCUGCGAGAGGCAUCAGAAAAGAUACUUCUUCGGCAGGGAUUCGGUAGAUCAUGUCGACUUCGACGAGUUCUUACCGCCACCUCCGAAUUUGGAAUAUCACGACCACUUUUCCAGGCAAUUCCCUAGGGACCUUACCACACAGACGGUCAGUACAACAGCCGAUGUCCUGCAGGAAGAGGAAGAAGAAUACAGUCCCAGUGUUCAACACGAAUUCGUGACGUUUGAUCUUGACGAACCUCUACCUCCCCCACCACCAGUUAGGGGUGGUGAAUGGACCUUCGACACAUUGAGAAAAACGACUCCCGUCUGAUAUACCGUCAGAUACGCGAGACUAGUGCAAAGCGUUGAAAGCGACGAGGAGGACGAAGCGGAAACCGAGGAAGACCACGACAUAGCUGGCGAUUAAACAAAUCGACUCGCUUUUUAAUGAGAUACCUGAUACCUUACAACUGAAGAUCGGAUAGCUUUCAUUGUUCAAACUCCAGCAGAAAGCCACACAAAAGCAGACACUGAAGCAACGAGACUUGGGGGUUGAUGGAUUAUCGAAUUUCGAAAUUAAUAACUCGCCGAACUCCUGUUUUACACAGCGUAACUCUGUAGCUCAAGAUCGUGAUCAGGGGAAAAAGUGAAGGGGGGGAAAACAUGAAGUACAUAAUCCACGAGUAAGGAUCAAGUGAAGCAGUAACUAUUAAUUAACAUGUUCGAUUUCUCAAUUUAUUUUAUUGUGUAUUUUUCUAUUCCAUAUCUUUUUUUUCUCUCUCUCCCUCUCUAUUGAGAAGAACGCGAAGAACACUUAAAGAUGAUAAAUGGUGACUCGGUGAACGUAAAACUUAAACUAUGGACUAAGAUUGAAGAAAAUGAAUCGAGAACAAAAUCUCGAUAGUUCUUUUAAUAAUUUUAAUCAGCUAAAACGACUGCCAGCCUCGAUCUUCCAUUAUUAAUCGCAUAUGAGAUGAAUAUGAUAGCUUUGUUGAAACGAACCGUCCCAUCGUCGUUGAAAGAAAAAGAAAAAUUCCAGAAUACGGGAAAGAGCUUAAUAAUUAUUAAUUUAAUGAUCGUUAAAUUUCUAUUCGUAUGGAAGUCGUUGAUGAUAAUAUGUUUACGUGAUGUGUAGAAUUUUUAGCAGGUAAAUAUUACCUAGAUAUAUUGUGUAAUACUCUCGAAUUCGUAAAAAAGAAACAUUCACCGUUUUAUAUUCUGACUGUUAAUGGGAUUGUCAUUUUCUAGUUGUUAGGAUUGUUUGUAUUCCUUCCUCAGAUAGAACUUUUAUGGAAAGGAAUUAAGCGAAAGUUUCCUAAAAGACUGUUACAUACAUCUACCGUAAUUGAAAGCAAUCGAAACUGUAAAUCGAUUAAAUCUAUAGUUACAUAAGCAUUAGUGUGUUUACAGUAAUCGAAUAUCCAAGGUUUUACUUUUAAUACUGUGGGGACCAAAAAGAACUGUUGUUUUUCCCAAUUAUAAUCAUUUUCUUAUCCUGUUUUUAAUACAAUUAAACGAUUCUUACGAAUUACUUAAACUUACAAUUUCAAACUGGAAAACAAGGUCUUCGUGGUGUUAAAAUUAAAAUGAAUAUAAAGUCAUACCAAAGACUGCAAUGCCAAUGAAAAUAUUAAUCGAUUAAAUCGAGAAGAGGAAUUAUUGGAAAUGAAUAUAUGAUAGAUUAUACUCGUGAAGGAAUUUUCCCAGAUGGAAAACAAGGAAUUGCAAUCAUGAAUUUCAGAAAUUGAUACAGACAACGACGGCGAUUCAUUGUUUGUAUCACAAACUUGUUAAAAAGCCCACCUAACUAAGGAAAAUGUGCUGUACAGAACAUAUAAUAUUGUUACAACAUUAGUAUGUCUGAGAAUUUUUAACACAAUUAAAUAGUUAAUAAGUUUUUAUACAGUAGUCAAUUUUCCACCAGAAUUUGUAUGCAGACUCAUCGAUUAAACAAAGAUGAAAGUUAUUAAGAUUACCUAUUAAUAAUUAGUCAAUCAAAACAGAUAAAACAACAAAUUUAAUUAAAGAUCUGAUGAAAUGGUACACAUAAAUCUUAAACUAUAUGACCUUUUUCUAAUUUUGUGUUCAUCACCUUGAAUAUCAUUGUAAAACAUUGGUAAAUAACUUCUUUAGCAAUAACCAUAAUUUAUGAACCACUUUCAUAAUUUAUGAAAAUUUUCCUGUUCCUAAAUUUUUAAGUAAGUUUUUAUACAUGUACAGCUUUCCAGUCGCAUAAAAAUACACAUCUUAUAGACUGCUCAUAUAAACAUGAAACAAAACUUUUUCAUAUAACAUACUUAACUUAAACAUAUAGAAGUAAUUCAUCAGCAAAUUUAAUUGGUGAGUAAGAUUCUGUAAAAAAGAUAUUAACCUAUAAUUUUUUAUAAUACCAAUAAAAUAAUAUGUUCCUUUUAUGUGACUGGUACACACGCUAAUACCGUUACUAUAUAACUUCAAUAAUUUUCUUUAAUUCUACACAAAAUACUUGUAAAUAAGCCCAGAUACUUGCAAUGCAAUAUAUGAUAUAAAAUGCAUUGCAAAUGAAAGUUCAUUUUGUAUUGUACAUUUGUAAUGCUCAGAAUCAAACCAUUAUAUAUCAGUCUCUAAAAGACUUUUUGGUAGUUUUUAAGUAAAAUAAACCAAAAGUGGGCAACUGUCAUCUGAUAAAUUAAGAAAAGAAGCGAUUGAUCUUAUUAUAUAUGACAUUUGCCCUGAAAAGAAAGAGAAGAAAACUUUUUCUUGAAAUGUUGCCAUUGUUUAUAGAAUAAUCCAUGUUCACUAGCAUGUAAUAGAAGUUUAUUGUUUAUGUAUUCAAUUAUGAUAAGCUUGUCCAAACUUUACAAUUUGUACAAUAAAGUUUCUUCAAAUUUAA